CGGGGAGCUGUUCGAAGCCGUCCGGUGCUGAACAGAUAACGCUCGUCGUCUUUCUCCUUCGCUCAGUCUUUCUGCUCACUCGGUCUUUGCCGGGCUGCUGGUUCGGGAAGGUUGGGCUCCCGCACACUCACUGACCUCUUCAUUGAAGAAACAUUACACGCGAGGGGGCGCGGGCGCACGAGGACCGCCGCCAACCGCACGGAGCACACCUUGCCUUCAGCAAAUGUCGGAGAGAUUCUCAAUUCGCGCGGUCCUGAGAAAAUGGUGAUGAUAAGUGGCUUCCUCAUGAGGUCACUGGAACCCUUGCAAGAAUAGAUCCAUCGUCAAGGAAAACGAUCCUAUCAUGGCCACCUCCCGCUACCAGACUAGACUAACUUCUGUGGAUGGUAUAAAUGCCGAAGACAACCUAUAAACAUUAAAGUCCAAAUCAUGUAGUGCAGCUUUUACCAAUUUAAAGGGACCUUUCAAGAUUUUUGUUGGCUUUUACUCUUUCAGAUCGAUGCUUGGGUAAAGAACUAAUUAUUUUGUAGUCAUUUAUCAGAGUGUGAGAAUAAAGUGAAAGAAGUUUGUAAUUAGAGAGAGAGAGAUGGUCCUCCACAUCACCCCUUACUCCAGUUCCUGUCUUCACUUCCUGGAUGGCUUGUCAUGGAGCCUGGUGUUCCCCUGUUACUGGCUCUUGGAUCAGCUCCUGGCCUCCUGCCUGGCUACUUCACUCGAGAAGCGCCAGCGUUCUCAGGACCCGUGCUCCCUCCUCACUUUGUGUGUCCUAAUAAUGGCGCCUCUUUACUUGCUCCUGCUCCUCGCCUCUCUGCCUUUCGCUCUGCUGGGCUUUGUCAUCUGGGCUCCUCUGCAGGCCAUCCGUCAACCUUACCUGUACACCUACCACAGACUAGAAAAGCGCCAAGCUGAGCAAGGCGAUGCUGCACCAGGGUUUGUUGGGGUCAGGGACUGGAGACCUCAGGGCAAGAGCUUCUGUUUCUGCAGCGCCAACGUUUGCCUACUGCCCGACUCUCUGGCCAGGUUCAACAAUCUUUCGGACACACAGAGGAGAGCACGGGAAGUGGGCAAGAGGAUCAGAAAUGGUGCAUGUCGACCUCAGAUUAAAAUCUACAUCGAUUCACCAACCAACACUUCCAUCAGUGCGGCCUCCUUCAGCAGCCUACCCACAGGUUUUCGCCGUACCUCUUCCUUGGACCAGCGGCCAGAUCAGACACACAUUGUGAAUGGCCCAGCAGACACUGAAAAUGAGCCACUCGCCGAGUGUCCCAUUCACCCUGCAGGCGUUACAGACUGCCCGGUUCAUCCAUCGACAGUAGUUCACGGAACCUCUGAAUGCCCCCUUCACUCAGAUGCAGGAAACACAACAGUGGACUGCCCCCUACACUGUGUGGAAACCAACAACAGCUCAGACUGCCCUUUACAUGCUUUAGUGCAGGUUCCAGAAUGUCCAAUGCAUUCUACAGGGGCACAUAGUGGCCCCGGUAAUCACGACUGCCCCAUGCACGGAAAAGAGACACAUGCUAAUCAUGACUGCCCCAUGCACGGAAAGGAGACACAUGCCAAUCAUGACUGCCCCACGCACGGAAAAGAGACACAUGCUAAUCAUGACUGCCCCACUCACGGAAAGGAAGCACAGGCUAAAACCUCACCAGAGUGUCCACUUCACACCUCAGGUGUUCAAAUCAGCAUCAGUGCCCCUGAGCCAGACCCCCAUCCAGAGGAGGCAGAGACAGGGAACCAUCAGUCAGGGGAGCGGGCAGGAGGAGAUGUGGGCAGCAUGACCGCCUCAAGAGAAUCUCUCACUCGGUACCAAGGAAGCGAUGGUUGCGUAAUGAUAUCGUCGAACAACACCCUCUCUCACGUGCCUCGCACCUCAAUAUUUAAACGCCCCGGUAGAAAGCGCCGACACGGAGAUGAGGCAUUCGAUCAUGACAUUUCUGCAUUUUUUCCUGCCAACUUGGAUUUCCUUGCCCUUCAGGAAGUGUUUGACCAUAGUUCAACAACACGACUGCGGCAGCAGUUACAUCGCUACUUUCCUUAUGUGCUGAGUGAUGUUGGGCGGUACGGCUGGAAGGGAUGUUGUUCCAGGUUCAAAUUCCUCAACAGUGGCUUGCUGCUGGCUAGUCGCUACCCAAUUCUGGAUGCACGCUAUGAGUGCUACCCCAAUGGAAGAGGAGAGGAUGCACUGGCAGCCAAAGGAGCCCUCUUUGCCAAGGUUCACGUGGGUACCUCCCAUCAAGAGCAGAGGGUUGUGGGAUAUCUCACAUGCACCCACCUCCAUGCCAUUGAAGGUGAUGCCUCUGUGCGAUGCGAACAGCUGGACUUGUUGCUCCAGUGGGGUGCGGAGUUCCGCCAAGCUUCAUCACAUCAUUCUGGAGGGGAGAAAAUUUUUGAAGACCUCGUGGCCUUUGAUGUCAUUCUGGGUGACCUCAACUUUGACAACUGCUCUUCAGAAGACAAGUUGGAACAACAACAUGCACUUUUUUCUAUAUACAAGGACCCGUGUCGCCAGGGGCCAGGAGAGGACAAACCAUGGGCUCUGGGUACACUGCUGGAUCCCAGUGGCCUUUACGACGAUGAGGUCAGUUCACCGGAAAGUUUACAAAAAGUGAUGGAGAAUGAGGAGGGCAGAAAGGAGUACCUGGUGUUUCCUCCCAGUAAAAGCCAUUGUCCCUCCAAGAGCCAGAAGGGAAGAAACAUUCCACUGAAAGGCAACGGACGCCGGAUUGACUACAUCUUGUACAGUGACGAGGGCCUGCAACAGGAUUGGAAAUUGGAAAUAGAGGAGUUCAGCUUUGUCACACAGUUGGCUGGCCUCACGGAUCAUCUGCCUGUGGCCAUGCGAUUGGCUGUCUCCACAGGGGAGGAAGACUCUUAGAUUAGCCACCUGCAUUUGUCAGGAAUAUCUGCCAUUGAAGGAUGACGGACGAGGAAGAUGAACAGAUGAUGUUCUUAGUAGAUAAAAAGCAGCUUGGGACAGCACAUUUUAAGUGGACAACACGGAAGAUAAUCCCAUUCAUAGGGAACAUGAACAUAAUCGGAAAGAAAGACCGACUCCAGUGUCACUGAGAGUUGGGGCGACCACAGUACAAAAUAAGUAGAGCAAUCUCAGUUACACCAUGCACACUAAUCCACGCAAUUUGAGCGUCUGAUAUCAUCUGGCCUCUCUGCUGCUCGCCCUGUGGACAACACACCUCCUAUCGCACUCCAACCAUGAAUACGUUGUUUCCACUAGUUUGUGAGUUAGCGAGCAAUUUCCACAUUCACGGAUGAUGUUGGGGUUUACAAACAGGAGGAUGUUGCUCUUUUGAUUCAAGGGUGGAUUUACCCAUUGAUGCCAUAGUGAGUCAAACAUCAUGAAGUGAAAGUGCACCUUAAUCCAGAUCUGCACAAACAUAUACUGGAUUACAAUGUUCCUUGGCACCACAGUUCUACAAAGUUGUGUUAAAUGUGUUUUGUUUAGUUUUUUUUUUUUUGAGUAGGCCAGGUUAAUAAGACAAACGCCUGUGACUAGCUUCUACAAUGACCAUCUGUGUCAUUGAGUCUUGCUCCUCUCCCAAAAGGCAACUGGUCAGUUCAGUUGUCAGUCAUUUACCCUACCAGUCCCUCACCUCAACAAGUGUCUUCUUGAACAACCAACAGAUACAAAGAUAAGAGAAUUAACGAAGCUAGUGUGAUUUCUAGUGUUUUGUAGGGGGGUUCCAAUCUUUGUUUAACACAAUAGAACCCAUUUUUUAAAAAGUAUAUCUAAUAUAUAAAAUAAAUAUGAGGAAAAAUAUAAUGCUUGUAGCAUGUUUUACAGCUUUGACAAGCGAAAUAAAGAAAGAGGUUUUUACGAUUUUCUGAUGCAUGAUGGAAAAUGAAAUCCAUUUCCAAUUUGAAUACAGCAACUUGGUGAUACAUGCUUGCUUGAGUUUGGAUACAUAAUGACCUUGGAAUACGCCCUGAAAUUUACACUCUCACAAUUACUGGGCACCAAUGCAACUCGCCUGCAUGCGUAUUUAAGUCCAUCGGGCUAGUUUUACCUGACACUGCCAUAUAUUCUCGAACAGCCAUAUCGGAGAUCCUGGUUUACAUUUGUGACAAAUGUUGCCCCACGUGGUUUGAGACAGGCAACCCAUGAAAAGAGGAUGUGGAGUAUACGCAAAGCCCCGUCUGGCAACAAAGAAAAGCCAUCUUGAAUACUACCCAAUACAGUAUUGUGUUUUUACGCAGUUCUUUUCUAUUUUUUGUUUUUCAGAGUGGCCUUUGAGGUUGUGAAGUAGAUAUUUGAAUUGAAAAAAAAAAAACAUACCCCACUCUUCACCUCACCAGUACUUAAAUUUGGAGAAACCCACUUUUUCACUCUGUAACUAAAAUGAUGACUUUGCACCUAAUCUUGCUUUCCAGGUGUUAUAGAAAGUGUGUUACGCAUUGGUGAACUACUAGUAACAAAAGGAGAGAGAUUUCUAAAUUGCAUUAUGGAACAUGAAUAAUAACACAGUCAAUUUAGGCGAACAAAUUGGGCUUGAUAUGCAAAGUCUGCUCUUUGAACAACUUAUUGAACCGACACAAUUGCUUGUUUGUUAGUUUGUUGCACGAAAUUACUUUUUUAAAGCAAAUGUGUGUACACAUCUGACAUAAUUUUUCAUACUGUAUUUCAGACUUUAUGAACUGUUGUUUCUCCAAAUGAGAUUUAGCAUAGGACCAUGUCCAUACUCAUACUGUCAACAAAAGCAAUGUGCUCUGAUCAGAUCAACAUGUACUCAUGCCACUUUGCUGCUCUGAACAUGCCAUAAGGUCUUUUCAGGGUACACGGAAAGGUUCUUUAUUAUCUAUACAAUUUAAUAU